AUGUUUGUGGACGCCAAAGCCGAAUAUGAAAACAACUUAAAACAAAACGGAGAGCACGUAACACCAGAAGCACUGUCAAUAUUCUACAAGGACUUUUUGGAUAAGGCAUACGAACGACAAAUGGAAUAUAAUAGAGAAUGGUGGAAGUUGAAUGUAGGCCUGCUUUACCCUGGGAUGAAGGCUGCCAUUCGAUGGCUUACACAAUCCAACAAGCAAGUAGCAGCUGCUUCUCAAAAAAAAACUAGUUUCUGGGAAAAGAGCUUUGAAUCAUAG